CGCAUAUUUUUGUUGCCGUCAGAAGAAGAAGCGACUUCAGACGCUUCAAACGCAGCGGAUGAAAUCGGAGCAGUCGCGCAACUCCGGCUCCAGCUUUGUGUGUGUGUGUGCGUGUGAACAUCAACGUACCGUUUGUGUGUGUGAGUGGGGGUGUGUGUGACAUCAUACUGCAGCGUGUGCGAUGUCUUCCGAGCUGCUGGUAGACGUGGGCGAAGACCCUACGACAGCACAGUUAGGACAGCUGAAGCUGGCCACCAUCGAGGACCAGCAGUGGCCGCCUGAUGAGACCACACUCAGCAAGUCAGAGAUGGAUGUGUCCCAGUGCUUCGAUGCAACCUCGCCUCACCUGCCCUGGGACCACCCUUUCUACGACAUCGCAAGACAUCAGAUCAUCGAAGUGGCAGGGGACGAUAACUUUGGCAGGAAGGUGAUCGUGUUUAAUGCCUGCAGGAUGCCUCCUCAGCAUCAGCUUGACCAUCACAAACUGCUGAUGUAUCUGAAAGGAACGCUGGAUCAGUACGUAGAAAGUGACUAUACGCUAAUCUAUUUCCAUCAUGGACUGACCAGUGAAAACAAACCAUCUCUCGGCUGGCUCCGAGAUGCAUACAGGGAGUUUGACAGGAAGUAUAAGAAGAACAUCAAAGCCCUUUACAUUGUCCAUCCAACCAUGUUCAUCAAGACUCUGCUGAUCCUCUUCAAACCAAUCAUCAGUUUUAAGUUCGGCCGGAAGAUCAACUACGUGAGCUACCUGAGCGAGCUGGAGGACGUGGUGAAGUGUGAGCAGCUGGUGAUUCCUGCUCGGGUCAGAGAGUACGACAACAAACUGAAAGCAUCUCUGAAACCAGCCGCCCAGCCUCCCACAUCUCCUCCCCGAAGCCCCCCUCUUCCCGACCAGGUGUUCGGAGUUUCACUCUCACUGCUGAGACAGAGGACUCCAGAUGAUGAUCUGGUUCCCGUGGUGAUGAGGGACACCAUCAACUUCCUCUCAGAACAAGGUUUGGAGAUUGAGGGGAUCUUCAGACGGUCGGCCAACGUGACCCUGGUGAAGGAGGUCCAGCUCAAGUAUAAUUCAGGCAUCUCGGUAAGUUUCCAAGAGAUGGAAGACGUCCACCUGGCUGCUGUGAUCCUGAAGACGUUCCUGAGGGAACUUCCUGAGCCUCUGCUCACCUACCAGCUCUACAACGACAUCGUCAACUUCGCCUCCGUAUCCAGUGACAACCAGGUGGAAGUGAUGAAAACUCUGGUGGAGUCUCUGCCAGAGGAGAAUUAUGCAUCGCUGCGAUACCUCAUCACGUUUCUGGCUCAGGUGUCAGCCAGCAGCGAGGUGAAUAAGAUGACCAACAGUAACCUGGCCGUGGUGUUCGGCCCAAACCUGCUGUGGGGACGGGACGCCGCCAUGUCACUCAGCGCCAUCGGCCCGAUUAACAACUUUACCAGAACCCUGCUGGACCAGCAGCAUCUGGUCUUUCCUUAAUCCCCCUCCCGCCCCACCGAGACCUCAUUAGAGACCUCGCUCUCCCCUGCAGCAUUUAGACUUAAACUCACCUCUGCUCUCGACCAAUCCGGACCAGCAGUCGCCUCCGUCUGCUUUUCUAAUCAAAUAAAAACAACUUUUUCUUUCUGUGUUGUUGGGAUAAACGUUAAAUUAUCCCUCCAAACAGCUGAUGGCACAAAAAGCAGCAGCUAAUUAUCCUUUCAUUCAGAGUCCAGACUGUGCAUCUGAUCCAGUCUGUUUUUUUUUUUAUUUGUUCCUUUCUUUAAAUUUAGUUUCUUAACUUCACUUGAAUAUAUUACUCUUCUCUCGCAUCCAUCACAGUGUCUUCCAUCAGAUUCUCUGAUUGGUCGGCUACAUUUACCAGAGUUUCCCCAGCAACCGUUCGGUGGGAUUAUGGGACCACCUGUGAGUGAAGGGUUAAUAGAGAACACUACAGUUCUGUCACAUGGUUUAAGCUCCCAUCCCCUUCCAAACUUCCUGUGUUUGUGUCCGAUGUUGUCGCGGUCCUGCCUGUCAGUCAUCAAUGAUUCCUUCUUUUCUCUGUAUUUUUGUUAUGUGCCGUUUUUUUUGUUUUUUUAAUAUAGUGCCAAAAGAAAUUUUCCUCACAAACAUUACCAAACGUCUUGUAGGCUGAGGAAUCUGAGCUAAAGCGAGGGUGAGGUUUGAGUUGAUAGACUCAGGUUAACUCGUGAACGUGGUACUAAAUCGUGUGGACAAUCUCUGAAAUGCUGGACCUGGUUUAGGAGGUGCAUUCAGAUUCUGGACUUCCUUUCUGUGGGAUUCCUAAAUGAAAAGGUAAGCUAUGGUUGUGGGUACCAAGUUUUUAGAAUCGCAUCUGUAAAUCCUGCCUCUGAUACGUCGUCAAAGUCCAUCAUACUGUAUGUUAAAGCCUCCGUAGCGGUGCAGCUUUAUGUGUGAUGUGGUUUUCAGUUCUUCUUAUUCAUCCUACAUGUAGCACAGAAAGCUAAAGUUUGUUUUUUUCUCUUAUCUUUAGUUGCCUUAUAUAUAUUUUUUUAUGAAUGAUGUGCCACUAAUGGAGUUUGUCCAAGUUCUUUAAGGCUGAAAUAAUCCGCAGCGAGCCCCUGCAGCAUGUGCACUCUUCACUGCGGCGCCCGCCAGCAGUGUUUUUAUGUGCGAUUGCCUGCGAUCGUUUAACUCCUGUUUCCAGUGUUUUCCUCAGCCGCCAUAUUGAGGAUACUUGCAUGAUGUUCAGUGCAGGGUUGGAGAGAUGACAGCAGGUUUGGAUCAAAUUCUGGUUCAAGAACAGGGUCUUGGUUUUGGUGUUUCUUGGUAACACUAGUGCUGUCAGUGUGAUUUGAUGCUAGUAGCUUCCCACUACAUGUUUUCAUUCCUUCUCCAUUUCCUCUCAUUGUUUCCCUGGAUGUUUAGUUUGUCUGCAGCUCUCGUGCUGCACUGUUUCCAAAGUGUUGAAUAUUCUGCUUCUGUCUCCAACGAGCGCAUCCAAAGUGACAAUUUUCUUUAAAAAAUCAUCAGAAAGCAGCAGCUUGAAGUGAUCGUUGUGACCUGUUUUUAUACGAUUUAAGAGGUUUGGGUUUAAAUUCGACCCUCGUGACCCCGAUCAGCUGUUUCCUUCCUGUAGCUGGUCAGUUUUCUCCAAAAUAUUGACAGUGGAUAAAUAUUUGUGUUGUAACGUUGCUGUAAUAUGAAUAUGAAUCGUCUAAAAAAAAACACCAAACUGUAAGAAAUUUUAGUUUGAACGGAGCUGAAAACAAAAACAACAAAAUAUUCUCAGAUGUUUACUUGUUGUGAUUUCAGGUCGUGUCUUAUUGACAUGAAGUUGAUGUGUAAAUGGUUGUGUGUAGGUGCGUGUUUGUAUGUUAAUGCUGACUCCACUGAAUUUAAAUGUCAAACUUUUGGGCUUCAAAUAUGUUCAUUAUUUUUUAAAAAUAAGGAUGAAUAAUAAAAAAAAUAAACAGUCCAUCAGCUAAAGGUUAAUUUGUGAUUAUAUCUUUUUUUAUUAUUAUUAUUUAAACUGUAAUAUAAAAGAAAUUAUUUCUGAAAGAAGACAUAUAAAAUUAAAAAAAGAAACCAACAAAAAACUGGUUUCUUCUCUAAGUAUUAAAUAAUAAAGAAAAUCUUUAAAUCUUUAGAUUUUGACAGCAGCAAUAUGUGUGUGUGUGAGUGUGUAUGUGUGUGUGCAUGCUUGUGCCUUAUUUGUGUCCCCCUAGUGGUCAUGUGAUUAACCAUCAAAGUGCCGGUGUAGACAUAGAUUAAUAUAAAGUGAUGCUCUCAACAAAGCCUGGUCGUCAUGACAACGGAAUGCUGAGCAGCCUGUCAACAGGCGGAAAACGCACUCCUGGUUUUGCUGAGCUCAGCUGUAAUAGAUGAUCACAGGACUGAGAAUUCAACAUAACUACAACGCCAAUUCCUAGAGACGUGGGAUGCUGUGGAAAACGUAGAUAUAAACAGAAUGCAGUGAUUUACAAAUUUCAUAAACCCAUAUUUUAUUCUAAACAUUAACAACAUAGUGCAUGGUGAAUUCGUCCUCAUCCCCUGCGUACAGAGAUUCCUCCUGAUUCUCUGAAUAUUUUACUGCUAUACACUGUAGAUGGGACUUUCACAGUCUUCAUAAUUUUGUUUAACAUUUCUCUGAAACUGUUGUCAGUUUGUCUCAGAUUAGUGAACCUCUGUCCGUCUUUCCAUCUGAGAGGCUCUGCCUCUCUGAAAUGCUCCUUUUAUACCCGGUCAUGUUACUGACCUGUUGCCCGUCCACCUGAUCAGUGGUCAAAUUCUCCUUUAGUUGUUUUUGGUUGUACCAUUUACUUUUCCAGCCUUUUGUUGCCCCUGUUGAAACUUACAAACAUGUUGCUGCAGGUAGAUUCAAAAUGAAGUUUUAAAAUGUCUCAGUUCCAGCCUCUGAUAUGUCGUUUAUGUUCUACACAGCAUCCCAACGAUCUUUGGAAUUGGAGUGAUAAAACAUCCAUAACAGCUGAGGAGGAUUAACGAGCUGUUAUAGUGAUAAUCCUACUUUUGUGAAAGUAAAAUAGAAAUUCUGGGACGCAAUGUUGCAUUCACGCUUCUUCAUUUCCAUAUUUUUCUUCUCAAUUUUCAUCCACGUUCAGUGGAUUAUAACUCAUAAAUCCCCAUCAGGAGAACCUAACUUUUCUUUCUCUAUUUUAAAAUUUUAUCUUCAUCAAGUGCAAUUUCUGUCAAUUCACUGUUUGUCCUCAGUUCUGUGAUCGAUUACGGCCUUAAUCUAUGGAUCUUUUGUACUGUAAUUGCCGUCAUGGUGACUGUGAUCAAUACAUCCAUGGUAGGAAGUUCUGGUUUGAGUUUUAGUGGAGAAGUUUGGUUUCCAUGCUGGAAUAUUGAGACCUGGUGAUCUUAACUGUUGUUUCUUCCUUUACUUUUCAUAUCCAGUACUGUGGGUUUUGGUCUUAUUCAUGUAUGAAAAAGGUAAUAUGCUGUAAUCUUGAUGUAAGCAACCAAUAAAUGUUGAGUGUAAA